UCUCAGGGUAAAAAUAAGAGAAGAGAGAGAAAGUGUGUGCGCGUAAAAGAGGUUCAGAGAGUAGAAGGGUGGAAAAAGAUCCUUGCUCCUCUCUCUCUCUCUCUCAACCAGGGGAAGGAAUAAAAGGAGCGAGCCCUCAUCCGAGGCACCGAGGAGCCACAGAUUGGGAUUAGAGAGAGAGAAAUAGAGAGAGUUUGCAAGGCGGAUUGUCGACGUACGUGCCAUUGCUGAGCUCCUUACUGUUUCCUGAUUCCCUGACUUGCUUCUUUCUCCACCCAGCAACUGCUACGUCGCUUCCCCCCAGCGCGAGAUUCCACCUAGCCCACGGACAACCCACCCGGAAUUUGCGGUUAUUACAUCUCAGAAGGCAGAGCUUCGCCCGGGAAAACACUUGUGUCUUGGCUUAGGGUUUCCAGACGUCUGUCUUUUGGAAAGGAGGUUUGUCCUCACUUCUUGAAUGAAAUUCCAUCCCCACCCCAUCGAAUAGCUUAAAUCCAAGCGUAUUCCGGGGGAAUUGGCGGGAAUUUCACAUAGAUCUCGCCGGAUUUGAUACAGAAAUAAGCGUAUCGGAUGGAUCCUACUGGUGGUUCGUCGGCGGCGUACGGCGUCUUCUCCGCCGCCGGAGGUGGGCACGUGGAGGCAUUCCACCUGGGCGAGGAGAUCCACAGCCUCGUGACCGAUAGUUCGCCGCCAGAGAACGGCAACACGUUCACUGCAUUGCUCGGGCUGCAGGGGACUGAGGCCAUCGAGCUCCUCCACCACCCCGAUUCAGCACACUCUCAUGUGGAGAGCCUCCCAAGAGGUCUCUCCUUCGGUUGCCUGCCGACGCUCCCUCCUAACGCAGCCCCCGCAGAAAGGCCCAGGCGGCUUUCCUCUCUCAUCCCUCCAGCAGCAGGAGUUGGCAGGAGAACCCUACCGGAGGGAUCGCCAGAGAACAGCUCGGAUCCGUCGGUCUCCGGCGAGAUGCUGAACCAGCUGGCCAAGGUAAAGAGCGAGGCCGUCGAUUCAGAUCCGGCAUUCGUCUCCCCGCCUCAGGACAGCCGUUCUCCGGCCAACAACAACAACAAGCGCAAGGAGACCCCGGAGAAGCCAAAGGGCCGAUCCGGAGGAAAGAAGAGCAGGGGCGUGGCGGACGCGGCCGAGCAGGCGGAGAAGCUUCCCUACGUUCACGUCCGAGCCAGGCGCGGCCAGGCGACGGAUAGCCAUAGCCUCGCUGAGAGGGCUCGGAGGGAGAAGAUCAACGUCCGGAUGAAGCUUCUGCAGGAGCUGGUCCCCGGCUGCAACAAGAUUUCGGGUACGGCCUUGGUUCUGGACGAGAUCAUCAACCACGUACAAUCGUUGCAGCGCCAAGUUGAGUUCCUCUCCAUGCGACUGGCUUCUGUGAAUCCCAGGGUGGACUUUGGACUCGACAGCUUCUUCUCCGGCGAAAGCGGCACGCUCACUCCUAGCAGCGGCGGCAGCCCGAUGGCGUUCGAGGGUGGGACGGUGUGGCCAGAGAUGCAGCAGGCAGGCGUCGGGCAUAGGCGGCUACAGCAGCAGCAGCUCUGGCACCUGGGUGGGUGCGCAACCGAUGUGGGAGCGCCCUCCGCGUGUUGGGGGAGGGACGAUGCCCGCUCCUGCGUCAACCCCGACGCUACCACUCCGACGUCGAUCUUGGGAUACGACUCCCUGAAUUCCGUUUCCAUGCGGCCCAACCAGUUGAAGAUGGAGCUGUGAGGUCUCCAAUGGAGAGAAGAAAGAAGCAUCAAUGGAUCAUAAUCAUCAUCAUCAUCAUCUAGAGUAGGCAGCUACGUGAAUAUUUGGAGGUGUACAUAUGGGAAGGGUGUGAGAGGCGCCUGGAUUCUCUCUUUGUAGCCUACACAAAGUAUCUCUGUAUGAGAUGCCACAAGCUAUCUUAAAAUUCUAAUUGCUAACAGCUCUCUUUCUACUCCUAAUCUAUUGUUGUACCUAAUGUUGCUUGUUUUCCCCUUUGGUGGGUAUCAAACCAUUAUAGCGUCCUA